AUGGAGAUUGAUCAGUUUCCAAUUGAAGUUGUGUGUUACAUGCUCAAAUAUCUGAGUGUCAGUGACUUGUUCUUUUUAUCACUCAGCUCCGAUAAUUUUUAUAAUGCUGUGAAGAAGAUCAAAGUGAAUUCAUAUUUGACUGUCUCCAAAAUCAACGGAGAGUGCUUGUUGAAGUUGAUCUGUCCUGAUGCUGCUGGAUGUCUUGUUUUCAAUACUCAUCAGCCGGAACACAGAGAUUUGAUAAUGAGAAGAAGCAUUUUGAGAAUGGGAAAUGAAAAAAUUAAAGUCAAGGCAACCUAUUUUAUUGAUAAUUGCCAAACUACUCUUCAUAUUAGAGAGAAGGACAUACCCAAGAUGAUGGGACUCGUUUUCAAUUACAUCAAUGAGCUCUUCAAUCCAACAGAUAUCUGUCUGAACAUGAAACUGAAAAAUGUUGAGAAAUACUUCCAAGAUAAUACUGUCUACACUCUCAACAUCAUGGACAAAUCAGUGGAUGUAAAGAGAGUGGAGAAAGUUCUUUCGGAACUCACCGUCGAAGGACAUCUGAUCGCUCUGGGAAAAAUCACCGGGAAAUUGAAAACCAAUUCAAAAAUCAACUCGAUGAACCAGUUGCAUGUUCGUGGAAAAUGGAUGACACCUGCACAAAUUUUGAAAUUCGACGGAGAGCAUGCACUUUUUGAUAAUACUCUCUUCACAACUAAAGAUAUCGGUCUUUUCUUGAAUGCCUGGAUGAAUGGAGCCUACCCCAAUUUGGAAACGUUGAUUAUCAAUAGCAAAAACACUUUAUACCCUUCUGAAGUCACUCCGAAGCUUGUUACUAAACCAUGGGACCCAAAACAACGUUCUCGUCAUUACAAAUACAGAUCAAGGAUGAUUGAACACAUCAACCGACUUCAUCUUGCUUACGUAUGUGAUUGUGGUCAUGAUGGAUUUGACAUCGAACGUAAAAGUGAUGGAUUGUUGGCAACGUUCAAGAUUUCAUGGAAUCACUUCUUUUUCUUCGUCUGGAACGACAGAUUUUCUUAA